AUGUUCGCUCGACUGUUUUCUCCAUCUCUCAGGGCCCUCACACCUCUUCAUUGUGUGCCGAAAGCUCGAUCUCUCGCAACCAUGGCGUCCGAUCCCUCCACCUACAAAUUGAACCACACGAUGAUUCGGGUCAAGGACCCGAAGCGUUCGGUGGAGUUCUAUCAGUUCCUGGGCCUCACCCUGGUCAACAAGCUCGACAUGCCCGAGGCUAAGUUUUGCAACUACUUCCUGGCCUACACCGGCCCCAAGUCUUUGCAGGGCGAGUGCAACUACUGGACCGACCGCAACGCCGUGCUGGAACUAACCCACAACUAUGGCACGGAGAACGACCCCAACUACAGCAUCGUGAAUGGCAACACUGAGCCCUAUCGCGGCUUCGGCCACCUGGCCAUCUCGGUCGACAACAUUGAGGCCGCCUGCAAGCGGAUCGAAGACGCCGGGUAUGCUUUCCAAAAGAAACUCACAGAGGGCCGCAUGAAGCAUAUCGCCUUCGCCAAGGACCCGGACGGCUACUGGGUAGAGAUCAUCCGGCGCGGCGAUGAGGACAUAGGCACUACCACAGACCCCAGUUCCUACCGGCUCAACCACACCAUGCUGCGCGUCAAGUCUGCCGAGGAGAGCCUGAAGUUCUACCAGGAGAAAUUGGGCAUGACCCUGGUGCGCACCGCCGAGAACCCGGACAACAAAUUCAACCUGUACUUCCUGGGCUACCCGGGCGCCAACCCCAAGAUCCAAGAGGGUGCGCGCAACCCGGUCGCUGAUUGGGAAGGCCUGCUUGAGCUCACCUGGAACUACGGCACGGAGAAGCAGGAGGGUCCCGUUUACCACAACGGCAAUGCGGAGCCCCAGGGCUUCGGCCAUAUCUGUAUCUCGGUGGACGAUAUCCAGGCGGCAUGUGACCGCUUUGAGUCCCUCAAGGUCAACUUCAAAAAGCGACUGACGGAUGGGCGGAUGCACAACAUUGCCUUCCUUCUCGAUCCGGAUGGGUACUGGAUCGAGGUGGUCCAGAACGACAAACUCAAGCGCACGGCCAACGUGUAG